AUGGCCGAGUUCAUUCGCUCGCAGAUCCUAGGAACCACCUUCGAAACCACAAACAGAUAUGCGGACCUUCAACCGGUCGGACUUGGGGCCUUUGGGCUUGUCUGCUCCGCAAACGAUCUCAUCGCCCGCCAACCAGUGGCCAUCAAGAAGAUGAUGAAGCCCUUCUCGAACCCCACGAUCGCUAAGCGUACGUAUCGGGAAGUCAAGCUGCUCAAGCAUUUACGUCAUGAAAAUCUCAUUGGCCUGAGUGAUAUCUUCAUCUCCCCCUCCGAGGACGUGUACCUUGUCACAGAGCUUCUGGGGACCGAUCUGAAUCGACUCCUCACUUCCAAGCCCCUCGAUGGAAAGUUUGUACAGUACUUCACGUAUCAGCUUCUGCGGGGGCUGAAAUACAUUCAUUCGGCUGGGGUCAUUCAUCGGGAUCUCAAGCCUAGUAAUCUCCUGAUCAACGAGAACUGUGACUUGAAGAUCUGUGACUUCGGUCUGGCUCGAGUGCAAGAACCCCAGAUGACGGGCUAUGUGUCCACGAGAUACUACAGAGCGCCGGAGAUCAUGUUGACUUGGCAGAGAUACGGCAAGCAGGUCGACAUUUGGAGUGCCGGCUGCAUUGUUGCUGAGAUGCUGCGUGGAAAGCCCUUGUUCCCCGGAAAGGACCACAUCAACCAGUUCUUCCUGAUCACGGAAGCGUUGGGAAGCCCACCGGAUGAAGUGAUCCAGAGGAUCAGCACGAAGACAACCUUGCAAAUCGUCCAGUCACUGGGCAAACGCAAGCCUCCUGUGUGGGCAUCCCUAUUUCCCGGAGCCGAUGCGCAAGCCGUUGAUUUGCUCUCCAAAAUGCUCGUGAUCGAUCCCGACAAACGUAUAUCCGCUGAGGAGGCUUUAGAACAUCCAUACCUAGCUGUUUAUCACGACCCUAAUGAUGAACCGGUCGCAGAGACGAUGUUUGACUGGUCAUUCCAGGAUGCCGUCCAUUCUAUCGAUGAGUGGAAGAUCAUGAUAUACUCCGAGGUGGUUGAUUUCCACGACCUUGGACCAACGGGACAGCCCACUGUCGAUCCAGGCGCAUCUGCUGAUCUGGCAUUUGGUAUUGAUGGUGCAGCUGGUCUAGGCCCUCAGCCAGUUGAUGGCAUAUACCAGACUGCUGUCGACAAUAUCGACCAAGACAUCCUGCAAUACCUGCAGAUCUAG